AUGGCAAGUCAUAGCAAUGAAAACUCUGAUUCUCCGUUCAAGGUGCCAACGAUAAAGUUCACCAAACUUUUCAUCAAUGGAGAAUUUGUUGAUGCAGUUUCAGGUAAAACUUUCGAGACAAUCGAUCCAAGAACAGGUGAGGUGAUAACAAGAGUCGCAGAAGGAGAUAAAGAAGACGUGGAUUUGGCUGUGAAGGCUGCCCGCCGCGCAUUUGACGAAGGUCCCUGGCCCCGCAUGUCUGGUGCUGCAAGAGGAAGUAUUAUGUUGAAAUACGCAGACUUAAUUAACGAACAUAUAGAAGACUUAGCUGCACUGGACGCUCUAGAUGCUGGCAAGUUGUUCAACUGGGGCAAAGCUGUGGACAUUCCUAAUGUAGCAAAUCUGCUACGUUACUAUGCUGGUGCAGCCGAUAAAAUUCAUGGAGAAGUAUUGAAAAUGUCACGCGAGCUUCACGGAUACACACUGCGCGAACCCAUUGGUGUUGUAGGCAAUAUCAUCCCCUGGAACUUUCCUAGCACCAUGUUCUUCAUGAUGUCUGCUCCGGCCUUGGCUGCCGGCUGCACCAUGAUUGUAAAACCUGCCGAGCAAACACCACUUUCGGCUCUCUUUUAUGCCGAUCUAGCCAAGCAGGCUGGAUUGCCUGAUGGAGUGAUCAAUGUUGUAACGGGAUAUGGACCUACUGCUGGUGCUGCCAUUGCAUCUCAUAUGGACGUUGACAAGGUAUGCUUUACAGGGUCUACCGAAGUUGGACGGAAAAUAAUGCAGGCUGCAGCAACAAGCAAUUUGAAACAGAUUUCGCUUGAAUUAGGAGGCAAAUCACCUCUCCUGAUUUUUGAUGACGCUGAUGUAGAUAAAGCUGCUGAUCUUGCUCUCCUUGGCAUCCUGUAUAACAAGGGAGAAAUUUGUGUGGCGAGUUCGCGUGUUUUUGUCCAGGAAGGAAUUUUUGAUGAAUUUGAAAAGAAGUUGAAGGAGAAGGCAAAAGAUUGGGUAGUUGGGGAUCCUUUUGAUCCGAGAUCUCGCCUAGGUCCACAGGUUGAUAAGCGGCAGUUUGAUAAAAUUCUUUCGUACAUCGAGCAUGGAAAGAGAGAAGGGGCCUCCUUGUUGACAGGUGGUAAGCCUGCAGGCAACAAGGGAUAUUUCAUUGAGCCUACAGUUUUCACUGAUGUCAAGGAGAACAUGAAGAUAGCAACGGAUGAGAUUUUUGGACCCGUUAUGUCACUCAUGAAGUUCAAGACAAUUGAUGAGGCGAUUACGAAGGCAAACAAUACAAAGUAUGGGCUAGCAGCUGGUAUUGUUACGAAGAACAUAGAUAUAGCUAACACCGUGUCAAGGUCAAUCCGGGCAGGCACCAUUUGGAUCAAUUGCUACUUUGCAUUUGAUUGCGACUGUUCUUAUGGAGGAUACAAGAUGAGUGGAUUUGGAAGGCAUCUUGGACUGGAAGCCCUUCAUAAGUUCCUUCAAGUCAAGUCUAUUGUGACUCCCAUUUACAAUUCUCCUUGGCUAUGA